AAAUACAUAGUUAAUAAGAUAAUAGCAGUGGUUAUGUUUAACAUUGUGAGACAAUUAUUAUUACCAUUGACAUUUCGGACAAUGACAUUAAAUUUGGUUAAUAGCCCAAGUCCAAUCGAUGUCAAUCAAGAAGAUCUUAUUGAACAAACAAGUUGUUCGAGUAAACUGACACAAAAAAAGACAAUGAUGAUAAAGAGCAUACAAAAAUUUUAAUAUCAAAAUCACAUAUUUUUUUUAACUCUCAAUCUUCGUAAUACAUAGUUUUACAUUUGUUUUGUACAACAAACUUAUUGUUAUAUUUAUUUUCUAAAGAAAUCGUUUAUGUAUUUCAUUUUUGCUCAAUCAUUUUAUGUUUAUGUCAAUAAAUAUUAUAACGAUAUUCUGAACCCAUGAGUGUGUAAACUAAUUAUAGAUUCAUUGCAGUAAAGUUCAUAAAAGAAGCAAAAAAAAACAGAAAAUUUAAUGUGCAAUUAAUAUGGUAGACAUCAUCAGAGUGUCGCUAAUUACUCACUGGACAGAGUACUUAACGCUUGAGGAAAAUAAAAUUACUCGUUGGAUUUAACCGCAAACGCGAAAAAGCUCCGUUCGUCACGUUUGCGGUUGCCAUCGUUAAGAACCCAAAACAGAGAAAGCACCUUUUAUCCUCUGUAUCGCCGUAAGAAGUAAAGAAUCAUUUGCAUUUUCGGUUUUCCCGACUUCAAUUUUAUAACCUCCUUUUAGAAUUUUCCCGCACUUUCCCAACCCAAAGGAAGAAUCUUUUCUUUCUUUUCCCAGGAAACAAUGAGGUGGGAGAGGGUCCGACGACAAAACCAGCAAGUGGGUCUCGGUGAUUCUUCUUCAGGGCCAGGGAAGAGGUGGGGACACACUUGUAACGCCAUUAAAGGAGGCAGGUUUGUCUACGUUUUCGGUGGAUUCGGUAGAGACGAUUGCUUAACGAAUCAAGUUCAUGUCUUUGACGCUGGAACGCAGAUAUGGACUAAACCGGUGAUCAGAGGCGUGCCGCCUUCUCCGAGAGACAGUCACAGCUGUACAACGGUUGGGGAUCACCUUUUUGUGUUUGGUGGUACUGAUGGGAAGAAUCAUCUCAAUGAUCUGCAUGUGCUAGAUACUUCUUCACAUACUUGGAAAUGCGUGGAUGCUAGAGGGGAAGGACCCGAGGCAAGAGAGGCUCAUAGUGCCACGCUUGUUGGCAAACGCAUUUUCAUAUUCGGUGGCUGUGGGAAAGCUUCUGGUUCUGAUGAUGAAGUCUUCUAUAAUGACCUUUACAUACUCAACACAGAGACUUUAACGUGGCAACGAGCUGUAACAACUGGGAAUCCACCCUCUGCACGAGACAGCCACACUUGCUCAACCUGGAAGAACAAAAUCAUUGUAGUAGGUGGUGAAGAUUUGGAUGAUUAUUAUCUCUCCGAUGUUCAUAUCCUUGACACAGAAACGUUUGUAUGGAAGCAGAUGAAAACUUCAGGGCAGGUGUUAACACCUCGAGCUGGUCAUGUCACUGUUCCAAUCGAGAGGACCCUGUUUGUAUUUGGAGGGUUUACUGAUUCUCAGAACCUUUAUGAUGAUCUCUAUGUGCUUGAUGUGGAAACGGGUGUAUGGUCCAAGUUAGUUGCCAUGGAAGAAGGGCCAGCUGCUAGAUUCUCUGCUGGAGCUGUGUGUUUAGGUCCUUACAAGGCUGGUUCUUUUUUCUUUCUUGGUGGCUGCAAUAAGAGUCUUGAGCCGUUGGAUGAUAUUUACUACCUACACACAGAUGGUGGAUACAAUGCACGGUUUGAUCAAACUCCAGGGAGGUUAUCUCUAAGGAAACAAAUGAAGCUAAAAUGCCAAGCGCAGAAACUAGCUGUGGCUGGAACCAGCACUAAUCAAGGAAGAGAGAAUCUCCCUUUGAGCAUUGGCUCGAUGUAUCAAGGGAAAACGGUUUUUCAAGCCAGGGUUACUGAAAACGUUCCUUUAGGUUACUCUAUAGAAACAAUCAUUGAUGGGAAGGUGCUUCGGGGUUUUUUGUUUUCAAACAGACAAAGCUCUGGUCUAACGGUAGAUCCAAGCGUUAGCAGUGGCAGGAAAAGGCCUGCUAUGUCGGAUGCUGAUUGUGAUCAUGGAGCAAAGUCACAGAGAAUUUUGAGCGAGGAUGCAGCAGGUAGUAGCCAGCAAGCUGGUCCAGUGGAUCCUUCUGAUGAUGCUAACAAGAAGGUUGCAGAUUCAGAUGAUAUUCACACGUCUAUGAUUGACACUGCUGAUGCUAAUGUAAACAUUGCGAGACCACAGGAGGCAGAAACUGCUGCUGUUGCCGCUGAUGUGAAAUCUGAUGUGAAAGAUCAAGAUCCUUCUCAACUCAAUAUGGACGCUGUGAACGCAGAAACAUCACCGGUUACUCUUGAUCAGGCGAAUGCAGAGCCACUGAGAAAUGAGACAACAACAGACGUUGGUGCUGCUACUGAAGCUGGUCCUGGAGGAGAUUCAUCGCCACAGAACCAAGAUGAUGGAACAAUUGCUGUGGAAGAUGCACAGGCAGACCAAAAACCGCAACCGCAUUAACUAGAUGAAUGAUCUUUUGGGUGUGUAUAGUAGGAUCUUGAGAUAGCAUUUGGUGUUAAAAGCUGAAGUAGAAGAAAGUGGAGGAUGAGUAGAAGAAGCUAACUCUCGUGUUAAGGUCUUUUGUUUCGUAUUUUGAUCUGCAAUACAAACAGCUCCUCUGUUGUUAUUACAUUUUGGUUUCAAUUUGCAAGCAAAAGUUAUGCCUUAAUGAAGUUUUUUUCUUUCUUAACACACGCAAACAAACAUAGUAGUUACUACAUUCUAAAGAAACUUUACAAGUGAAAUGUACCAACUAUGAAGAUUACGUUUGACAUUGGUCUUUGUCAGGACUGGUGAAUGAGAUCGUGCAUGAGAGAAACCAGCUGUCUGCUAGCAAAGUCAAGAAGACGAAAACUCAUUUCGCAGAGCAGUAGCUUAGGAUGGUGAAGGAACUCUCAAUAUAUACAAGAGGUUUCGCUUCUUUCUCUAACACUCUGGUCUUUCUUUUGCUCUUCUGAUUCAUAUGAUCGUUUUUGGUUCUUCAGUAUUAUACAGAAGGUAAUUUAUCAUAUGGUGUGUUAUGUAAUAAGUGACUGAAGUUCUUUUUUUUUUGAUCAAACAAGUGACUGAAGUUCUUUAAAGCAUUAAUAUUAAGAGAAUUCAUGGAAGCAGAAAAAGAACUCUAUGUAUCUUAUAUAUAUUCUGUUCGGCUUUCCUUUUCUACUUGGCGUUUCAUGCAAGUUCUUGUAUUCUUAUCUUAUAUUACCUAUUGACCAAUCAUUAAACCAUCUUUUAGAUAUAUGUUUGUGCAUGGGAUGCAUUACCUUUAUUCAAAAUAAGGAACAGUACAUAGGAUAUGUGAAACAAAGCAGGAUGUUUUGACAAGAAGAGCAACGGAUGGAGGGCACAAGAAUGGAUUUGGCACCACCAACGAUAGUCUUACCACAACAAACUUUUCGCCUUGUGGAUGAAAGCAUCAACGAGGUAGAACCAAAACCUCCUCCAAGGA